AUGACAAUCAACUACAGUUUGCGCAACAAUGGACUGGCGCAACAACCAACUGUUCCCAUUGCACCAACUUGCAACAUGGAAGCCAAACAGCAAUACAUGGGGCACAACGAACAAUUUCUACUGAUGACGAUGGUAACAAAAACUGUGUGUUGGUCUAAUGAUGACUUUGUCGGUAAGAAGUUCAUAGACACCGUCAAGGGCGCACAUGCAUCAUCAACUUUGUAUGUGAAGACGUCCCUAGAUGCAGGAAGAUGGUGCCUAAUGGCGUCAUCUGGUGCCAAAUUUGAACUCAAGCCCUAUCAUCAGAAUCUGUUGCUCUUGGGAAACUGGCGUUGGUGGACCCAGAAAGCUGCAAAAAAAAAACGACAAUACACCAAUCUCUUCUGUGUCAUUAGCGGAAGAAGAAUUCGACCAUUGGCAUAUAAAUUUUGA